AUGGCGAAAAGAACGGCAAUUAAAAUAGGCAACGCCAAUGGCAUUGGCGCCUACAUGAGACAUGGAGAGGAUGAAAUACUGGACAUAGAUGAUGGUAUGGGCGUGGUUCAAAGGAUAGGCAAAGACACCUACAGCUACCAGCACAACUACGUGGAUCGAGUGCGUCUGGAGGACACCACCAUUACCCCCAGCAGCACCGGUGGCCAGCACCAUCACCAGCAGACCACUCACGAUCCGCGGUGUCCACAGCUUCGAGCCGCUGGCUGGCGACAUACCCACAAAUCCAUAUCGCAUCUCGACUUGGCCACCAGCUGCCAUGAAGCAGCCGGUUCUGGCUUAGGUCGUCACUCGCAGCAGCAGCAGCAGCUCCUAAAUCACCAUCACCAGCAGGGCCAUCUCCUGCACCAUCACUCCCACUCCCAUUCCCAUUCUCACUCCCACUCACAUCCCCACGCUCAGCCCCAUUGGACGCAGUGUCGCGUGGGCGUAACCGGAAGUGGCAACUGCACCGGAAACGGCCAGCUGAGAAACGCUCGAUCGCUGGACUACACGCAACUGGAAAGGGAUGAGAAUGCCUUGGACAUAGCCGAGUUCUAUUGGCGAUUCGAUGCGGAAGCACCGCUAGACCAAGUCGAGAGCUACGCGGCUCUUCCUAUCAAGGACUCUGCAACGAAUCCAGAAAAGCCUGGAGAAGCCAACACACCCAACUCUAAUACACUCUCCACCUCCAAUAAGUUGACAACAAAUGGUGGCUUGUCACACAGUGGAGUAGCCAGCGCUGCAGCCACCUUGCUCGACAUUUUGGGCAGCGGCGAGUCGUGCAGCUUGCGAAGAUCGCGCAGCUUGGCCGUAAUCCGUGAGGAGACAUUUAGCGACCUGCAAAUCGGCUCCGCAAACAGCAGUCGUCGUCGAUCGCAGCUAAUACCGCGUGCCCGGCUUGUUAGUCGUGGAUUUUUCCGCGAAUCGCCAAGAUUGAACGGCAAAGCGAAUCCAAAUCCAACGACCUUGCUAACCGGUGAUCAGCCAGCCGAUCAGCAGACGGCAACAGAAGACGCCCAGAGCCAGAGAAGCCACUCAAACACCUGCGAUUCGCAUCAGCAGCAGCAGCAGCAACUCCAACUCCAGCAGCAGCAACGCCCAUCGCGUGACUUUGAUGUCUACUACGAUAAUCUGAAACGCUUGGACGCUUUGGCUUUGGGUCUGGCAGAGCCAUUGCAUCCGUGGCACAACGACAAGAGCGACUUGGAGAGUCUCAAUUCGGACUAUUUCAAGAACUCGCUGCACCAGAAUCAUCUCGACCAGCAGCAGCAGCCUUCCUCGCUGGAAUUGGAGGCUUUGGAACAGGUGGCCGUUACCCUGCUCAAGGAGCGUCCCAGGAUCUAUCAGUCAAGGAGACAGCAGCAGCAGCAUCACAGGAGUUUGCAUCAUCUACAGCGGCACCUGGACACUGGCGGUGAAUCCUGUCCCGAGCACAGUCAGAGCAGCAUCUUCCCGGAGACCACCACAAGUAACUCUGACGAUCAAACGGACAGUCCCUCGCUCUCGGAGCAGGAGUACGACUUGACCCACAUUGAGGAGAUUUACCAGCAGGGGGAUCAGGGAGAGGAAAGCUACGAGCUGAUUAGCCUGACCACCACGGCCAGGACAAGACUCGAGAGCAGUGAAGCUGAGCAGGAGGAGGAAGAGGAGGAGGACCAGGACUCUGAAGUUACGCCCACAGAGGCACCCACUGCCAGCGACAGUGACAGCACUUUAAGGCAGCAGCAGCAGCCGCGCACAGAUCAGGUGGAUCGUCUGAUAGCCUACGACUCGGUUUACCUCUCCUCCGAGGACAGCUCCGACUGCACUUUGAUAGGGGAAAGCUGCGAGUCCUUCGAGCAGCGAACCUUUACCAGUUGCGGCGAGAGUGGCGAGUUGGAAACCCGCAGUUUGCUGCACAUUUCCAUUGAGGAUACAGUCUACGAGCCCCAGGCCAAGCAGCACAAGAAGGAGACUCCUCCAGGGCUGACCACCAGCACCAUAUCGAAGGUAGAAGCGCAGAUCUUUACUCAGGUUCUCAAGGUAGAACACACGCCCAAGCCCAAGAUUUUAGCGGUUGUGGAGAAGCGCAAGCUCAAGCAGGAAGAAGCCAAGCCACAGCCACCGGAACUGAAGCGUCAGGCCACAGACUCCUUUAUAGUCACCAACUCCAAUAGCAAAUCCAAUCUCACAGAGAACCAGUAUCACAGUCUGCCGGAUGUCAACAUUGGCGUGAGCUUGAAGGUCUGCGAAAAUAUAGACAAGGAGCUGAGGUCAUCCUACAACCAGCAGAGGCAGCAGCAGCGCAAGGAGGCCAAGCAGCAGCAGCAGGUGGUGACCCGCGCCGAGACCUACGAUUCCAUAAGACGCUUUGGCCGGGCCCACCAGAAGGCCAGGCAAAGGGAGUUCCAAGAGCGCGAAAGAGAACGCGAAAGAGAAGCAACGGCGGCAGCAGCAGCUCAGCAGGAAAAGGAUAAGGAAAAGCCAAAGAUACACAAGGAUUUCCUUAAACCGGAGUUAAUCAAGGAAAGGGAACAAAAAUCACAAGAAAAACAGGUUGAGGAAGAAGAGUUACCUCUGCCGCCACCCCCGCCACCUUUGACAGAGGAUAUCCUGCUCGGCGAGGAGCUCUCAAAUACUCCACAGGUGUCGCCGGAAAUCCAGGAAGAGGAGGAGGACAACCUCUCGGUAUCCAUUUCACAGCCAGAACAACCCAAAGAAGCGCCCUCCAUUGAGGUGGCCAAUUUCAGCAAGCUAAUCGAGCGUCGUGCCCAGGAAAUCCGUGAGCGACAGGAACAAGCGAAGCCUUCUCCCUCCUUCCACAUUAUUGUCACCGACGCCCAGAACAAUAUCAUCCAAAAGGAGGCCAUCGCUGAACAGAGCAAGCAGCAAACCAAGCGGGGAAUUAAUCCCACGCCCAAAGCAAUCUCAAACUCAAAUUCAAACUCAAGUGGUAAUCCCAGCCAGCGCUCCCUGCGACGCUCGCUGAGCUCCUCGAGUGGCAGCAAGCCCUUGGUGCACCGCAUCCUCAGCAGCGGUGCUCCGAUUUACAAGGCACGGCCUGUCAAGGUCGUUGGAGAUUCCUCCUCCUCCUCGAGCUUUACCCGAGGCAAAAUGUCACGACCUCAGAUAAUGCACGUUGUGGAUGGCCGAGGAGGCACUCAAGGAGUAUCUGCUGCUGCUGGUGGCACCCUGCGACGAAGGAGCAGUGCCCGAAGCCUGGCCAGCACAAUUAGUUCUGGGAGCGGAGCCCCGGCUAAUGAAUAUAUGCAGAAAGUGGAUGCAGUCCGUUGCUAUUGGAACAAACUGGCGGGCAAUGAACCAACGGAAAUUGCAAAAACCGAGGAGGAGAAGCCAAUGGAGACCCAGCCAGGCGUUCACUUCCAGUUGGGUGGAGAGACCAAGGCUUACAGCCAAGAUAAAUCCCCGGUAAACAGUGAUUUCUGUAGCAUGAUGCCGCCACCCUCCAUUGAGAUUGUGGAACUGGGCGAGGGCUCUCAAAAGGCCACCAUUGUGAAGGCUGCCAUCGAACAGGAUGAGGACCAGGACGAGGAUCAGGAUCAGUUUGAUCACAUCCGUUACAAGGUGCUCAAGUCGCAGCAACUGAUACGAAGCAACAUCCUGGCCACGCGGAACAAGAAGGAGGCGCAGUUCGAUGGCCUCAUUCAGUACCUGCAGGAGUACAGCUUCCAGGAGCUGCUGAGCAACAAUAAUGUGGUCAUUGUAGAGCCUGUGAGAACCAAGAUCGAGCGUCCCCUGCAGGUGGGUAUCAACCCGGUCACCACAACCACUGUGCCGCCACCAAAGCCGCCAAGAGCCGUCAAUGCCUCGGGUGGUGGUUCCCAGCCUAGAAAACCCCGACAGCGACAAAUCGGAGGAGGAGCUGCUGCCAAGAGGCACUUUUUCUACCAACCCGUCCGAGUCAACAGAGAACUCUACGAGGAUGAGCUCCCCGAUCCCGAUACAGUUCGCAAUGUGAGACGCUUUUUCGAACAAAAUGUCCUGCCCACUCCCGGUCAGGGUUUGCUGGUCCAAUCACAGCAGAAAUUCGGUGGCUCUGCCUGCCAGCUGAGUCCCAAAACCCGGCGGGCUCGCGGCUACCGAUACCUCACCAUCGACACCAGCUACGGCGGCAGCCAGGAGCAGCCCAAGGGCAUGGAACUGCUGGAAGAACACAAGGCCAAACACUGGGACAAUGCCAGUCUAUCGAGUGGCAUUUCCAGCGGGGAUUUGAGCUCACCCUGCGGCGAGUAUCAGCAGCAGCACCACCACCAGGAGACUCCCGUGAUGGCCUGCAAGGAUGUCCAUGUCCAGGAUGUGGUUAGGCGACACAAUAGCAAUGCGGCCAAUGCCAAGGCUCGGGCCAAGUUCGCCAAUCGACGCACCUGGUGCCCAGGCGGAGCCAAUGAGUCCCUGUAUCGGCAGAUUUAUGAAAAUAAUUUGGGACAAGGCGAGCAGCAGGACGAGGAGGAUGAGGAGCAGGAGGAGCAGCAGUAUGAGGACGAUGUGGAGCAGGAUAUGUGCGAGAACUAUUACGUCAGCAAUGACGUGCUGGCCAAGAUAAGGGAGUGCGGCUCAACUGUCACCUACUAUGGAGGUCGGGUCCUGGAAAAGACCACAACCAGCCAGGCGGUGCCACCGCCCACAAUGAGUGGGAGUUCCAGUCAGUCGCAGCAAAAUGGAUUGGCAAAUGGAACCCGCUCCCGAGUCCGUCAAAUCGAGGCCUGCAAUGUGUGCCUGCCGAGCGAGAGAUGCGAGCAUCGAUUGCAAAGCAAACAGCAGACUGCGGCGGACGAACAGCAGCAGCAGCAGCAGGACUCGUAUCAAGGCAUCAAAUUCAAGUUGGUCAAGUCCAACAGCUGCAGCAGCCGCCUGGAGUUGGCCGGCACUGGCGUAGGCGAAGGCGGAGGAGAACUCGGCGCCGAUAGCGAAGUCGUGCGCAAAAUGGUUCAUCACUUCGAGGCGAAUCAGAUGGAUGUCUGCGAUGACCAGCUGACCAUCAACAGCCAAAGCCAGAUAGCGCCGGAAAGGAGAUACCCCAAGGAGGAGGAGGAGGAGCAGAAAAUCCCCUUGGUAGUGCGUCGCCAAGUGACAGUAAAUAAUCACAUCAAUGUGUUUGGGGACAUGCCCCGGGAUGAUCUCGAGAAGGCUGAAAACUUUAAUGGCCAGCCGGAGAAUGGUUAUGGCCGACACAAGGCGGAAGAGCAGGAUGAGGAGGAGGUGGAGCAGGAGGAGGAGCUCUACCAAAGCCAGGCCAUGAACAUACGGCUCGAGAAUCCGCCCCCAGCUGUUGCCAGCAGCAAAGUUUGUCGCAAUAAAAACGUGGACUUGGCCUACACGCUGGUUAAGGCCGCCACAACCACACCCGGCGCCACCAGCACACAUCAUCCAACAAAUCCUCCCAAGGGCAAGACCAUCGAAGUUCCGCCAAAGAAAAUUGAAAGGAAGUUUGGAGGAGGUGGUGGUUUUGAAUCAAAGGAGAAUGGUUUGGAGAUUUCUGCCGUGACAAAGGCCGUCAAACCGACGAAGGUCGUUGCGCCAAAUGACAGGCCACAAAUCAUAGUGCCCGUGGAGAUACACCCGCAGGUGAACAGUCAGGCUUUGAUGGCCUCUCCAUCUCCUGUUUCUGUACCCAAUCCCCCCGAGCGCCGGCUGAGCAAUGCCAGCAGCAGCAACAACUCGGUGGUGGACAAGACCGUGGUUCGUCACUAUGUGGCCAACGAUAAGAGCAUCUAUGAGAGGCGCAAAUAUGAUGAGAUCGAAUUCGAGGAGUUUGAGGUUUACGAUCCCAGCAAGGAGCCGCCACCGCCGGUAGAAGAAGCCCCCGAAAAGGUGGCCACCGAUGGGGAGCUGUACGACAGCCUGGAUGACAAGAUGUGAAGCGGAAACAAAAAUGCUCAAUUGGAAACUUCUUGGGGUUUGGUUACCUUAGUUAGUAGCCUAAUUUAGCUAGCUUUACAGGUAAAGCCAAAAGAUUAUGCAAUAACUUUUAUCCAAAGUAUGAUUUAUUAUUAUUUAAAUAUAUAGACA